UCCACACAGUACCCCCUGUAGUGCUUCAAACACAGGAGGAUAAAGAAAAACUCGCCGAGUGUUACAAGAGAACAUUAAAUUUGGCUGUGGAAUUAGAAAUGCAGAAACUUGCUUUUCCGGAAAUGUUAUCGCCUAGAGCCGAUGAAGAUUCGCGCAGAGAUGCCGUAAAUAUUGGGCUAGAAACAAUUAAAAAAUGGACAGAGAAGAAUAAAGACAAGGCGAAAAAGGUAGCGGGGACCAAAGUUAACGGGGACAGUUGGUUGUGCCUCAAGGAUGGGGGCACAGCUGUCCUUCGAUCCAGGGCCCCUUCUCUCCAAACUACGGCCUAA